CAGGAUACUUCACUAUAUAGUGGCCAGGAUACCUCACUAUAUAGUAGCCAGGAUACCUCACUAUAUAGUGGCCAGGAUACCUCACUAUAUAGUAGCCAGGAUACCUCACUAUAUAGUAGCCAGGAUACCUCACUAUAUAGUAGCCAGGAUACCUCACUAUAUAGUAGCCAGGAUACUUCACUAUAUAGUAGCCAGGAUACUUCACUAUAUAGUGGCCAGGAUACCUCACUAUAUAGUAGCCAGGAUACCUCACUAUAUAGUGGCCAGGAUACCCCACUAUUUUAUAGCCACGGAGAGGUGGUGUGA